GCCGUCUGUACUAGGUGGGCCCUGCAGGCCUUAGGUGUGGAGGGCUGUCCUCUGCCUCGGAGCCCCGGGGCCUGGCCGCUGACCCCGCCCCAGUCCUGCAGUUUCUUCUCAGCCUAGCGGGUGAGGCUCCACUCCCUAAACUGCCCAUAUCCCGUCCUCCUCAAGCUAAAACGCGGACUGGUUAUUGCAGACCUCCUCUCCACGAUCUUUCUGCCUGCUCCCCUGGAUUCCAGCUUCCUUCCUCCUGCCUGUGACUUGUGUUUCUUCCAAAGCCCAGUGAUGCCCUAUUCAUGACUGCUGGAAUCUAGAACUGGAGUAAACCUGAGAAGGGGAGGACAGUGAAUGGCCCUUGUGGACUGAACAAGUGCCCCUGGCUAUAGCACCCAAUCACAAAAAUGGAGAUACCUAUGGAAUCAGAGCACAUUGGCCCAAGGCAGACCUUGUAGGACACAGUAGCACAGCACACAGCAGGGGUGUCCAAAAUGUCUGUGGAUAGUGAUAGUGAGAGACCCAGGGACAGCCGGACCUGGAAGAGCAGGUGGUCCUUCCCACUCAGCUUAGAAAGGCUCUUCUGUAUAAUGGAUGCUGACUAGACUGCAGGUAGCCCUGGGAGCAAAUGUGUACCUCUGUGUGUGCUGGGUUGGAGCAGGGGUGUCCACAUGUAGGUCACAAAAGGAGGAGUAAUGUGUGAGCGUUGAGAAAGGCUGGAAGAACAGUAGGCUCACCACACACCCUGGCUCGUUUCCAGGAUUACUGGGUCUAGGAUGCCAAUCCUAGCUAUCUGUGAGCCCUGGAAGAAGCUCAACAUGACCCUUUUUAUUUGGUCCUAGGUUCCAGAAGGAAGCUGAACCUAGCUCUUGUUCACCCCAGGUGGGAUGACUAUUCAGGAUGCUCAGUGGGACAUCAGGCUUAGGAGCUGCAGCACUGCCCAAGCCCAGGCCUCACAAGACCCUGGUGGUGACUGGAGUGGGCAACAUGCUCCUCCUUGCUGUCCUCUUUGGGAUGCUAUGGGCACUGGCUAAUGGGCGAUGGUGUGAGCAGACGGAGACUAUCCAUGUGGAAGAGGAAGUGACCCCCCGUAGGGAGGAUCUGGUGCCCUGUGCCAGCCUCUACCACUAUACCCGCCUAGGCUGGCGGCUGGACCUGCCCAGGAGUGGCCACGAGGGGCUCUCAGGGCCUCCAGCACCUGGGCUCUGUCGCAUAUACAAACCUCCAGAAACUCGGCCUGCCACAUGGAACCGGACGGUGAGGGCUUGCUGUCCAGGCUGGGGGGGCGCUCAGUGUACGGAUGCCCUCAUGGAAGACAGCCCUGGGGGCCACUGCUUUGCCACGUGGCAGUGCCAGCCUCUGGGAGGCUCAGCUAAUACUUCAACAGAAAACCUGGAAGAGUGCUGUGCCAGACCUUGGGGACACAGCUGGUGGGACAGUGGCUCUCAGCUCUGCCUUAGCUGUUCCAGCCAACACUUUCCAGGCAAUGCUUCCUCUGCAGUCCUCUUGCAGCCCCUACCGGGGGCUGUGGGUCAGCUCUGGAGCCAGCGCCAGCGUCCCUCAGCCACCUGUGCCACCUGGUCAGGCUUCCACUACCGUACUUUUGAUGGGCGCCACUACCACUUCCUGGGCCACUGCACCUAUCUGCUGGCAGGAGCUGCUGAUUCUACCUGGGCUGUCCACCUCAGGCCCAGGGACCACUGUCCACAACCUGGGCACUGUCAGCUGGUCCUGGUGAUAAUGGGCUCAGAGGAGGUGCAGAUCCAGGGUAGAGAUGUUUCUGUGAAGGGGCAGCUCGUACCUGAUGGAGAGCCCCAGAUGCUCCAUGGGCUGAGCCUGCAGUGGCAGGGGGACUGGCUGGUGCUAUCUGGGGGCCUGGGGGUUGUUGUGCGGCUGGACAGGUCCAGUUCGGUGUCCAUCUCGGUGGACCAUGAGCACUCAGGACAGACGCAGGGCCUCUGUGGGCUCUACAAUGGCCGGCCCGAGGAUGACUUUUCAGAGCCAGGUGGGGGCCUGGCUAUGCUUGCUGCCACCUUUGGGAAUUCCUGGAAGCUCCCUAGCUCUGAGCCUGGGUGUCUGGAUGCAGUGGAGGUGGAUCAGGGCUGUGAGGGACCCCUGAAAGGCACCGAGGCAGGUAUGGAUGCUGGCCAGCUGCGAGCUGAAGCCCAGGAUGUAUGCCACCAGCUGUUGGAGAGUCCAUUCUGGCAGUGCCAUGCCCAGGUCUCCCCCGAUGAGUACCACGAGGCCUGCCUCUUUGCCUACUGUGCAGGGGCUGCUCUGGGGCACCAAGAGGGGCGGCAGGAGGCUGUGUGUGCCACCUUUGCCAACUAUGCCCAGGCCUGUGCCAGGCGACGCAUCCACGUGCUCUGGAGGAAGCCUGGCUUCUGUGAGCGUCUAUGCCCCGGGGGUCAGCUCUACUCCGACUGCGUCUCCUCCUGCGCCCCCAGCUGCUCGGCAGUGGGCCAGGAAGAGGAAGGGUCCUGCAGGGAAGAGUGUGUGAGUGGCUGCGAGUGCCCACCUGGCCUCUUCUGGGAUGGUACCCUCUGUGUGCCUGCCUCCAGAUGCCCCUGCUACCACCGGCGCCAGCGCUAUGCCCCUGGCGACACUGUGCACCAGCUGUGUAACCCGUGUGUGUGCCAGGAUGGCCACUGGCACUGUGCCCAGGCCUUGUGUCCUGCUGAGUGUGCAGUAGGUGGCGAUGGGCAUUACCUCACCUUUGAUGGGCGGAGCUUCUUCUUCCGGGGCCACCCAGGCUGCCACUACAGCCUGGUGCAGGACUACGUGAAAGGGCAGCUGCUGAUCGUGCUGGAGCAUGGGGACUGCGACUCUGGGAGCUGCCUCCAUGCCCUGUCUGUCUCACUGGGGGAUACCCACAUCCAGCUCAGAGACUCAGGAGCUGUGCUGGUGGAUGGGCAGGAUGUGGGAUUGCCCUGGAUUGGCACUGCGGGCCUCAGCAUCUCCAGAGCCUCCUCCACCUUUCUGCUGCUACGCUGGCCAGGAGUCCGUGUCCUCUGGGGAGUGGCUGACCCUGCAGCCUACAUCACCCUGGCCCCCCACCAUGCCCACCAGGUCCAAGGUCUGUGUGGUACCUUCACUUGGAACCAGCAGGAUGACUUCCUGACACCAGCUGGGGAUGUGGAGACCAGCACUGCUGACUUUGCUAGCAGGUUCCAGGUGGCAGGCAAUGGAAAGUGCUCCUCUGGGGACAGCGUCCUGCUCUUCCCCUGCAGCACACACUCCCAGCACCUUGCUUUUGCAGAGGCAGUCUGUGCCAUCCUGCAUGGCCCAGCCUUCCAGGACUGCCACAGGCUGGUGGACAGGGAGCCAUUCCAGCUGCGCUGCUUGGCGGCAGUGUGUGGCUGUGCCCCUGGCAGGGACUGCCUGUGUGCCGUGCUGUCUGCCUACGCGCACCGCUGUGCCCAGGAGGGCGCCCUGCUGUCCUGGAGGAACCAGACUCUCUGCCCUGUCCUGUGUCCUGGUGGCCAAGAGUACCAGGAGUGCGCUCCAGUGUGUGGUCACCAUUGCGGAGAGCCAGAGGAUUGUAAGGAGCUGACCGGCUGUGUGGCUGGUUGUAACUGCCCCCCUGGCCUGCUGUGGGACCCUGAGGGCCAGUGUGUCCCCCCCAGUUUGUGCUCCUGCCAGCUUGGAGCCCAUCGUUACACCCCUGGCAGUGUCACCAUGAAGGACUGCAAUCGCUGCAUCUGCCAGGAGAGGGGCCUCUGGAACUGCACCGCCCACCACUGCGCCCCGCAGCGUGCAUUCUGCCCCGGGGAACUUGUCCAUGCUCCUGAAGCCUGCCUCCUCACCUGUGACAGCCCCAGUGCCAACCACUCCUGCCCCAUGGGCAGCACUGAUGGCUGUGUCUGCCCUCCAGGCACCGUGCUGCUGGAUGAGCGCUGUGUGCCUCCUGAUCUCUGUCCCUGCCGUCAUAGUGGGCAGUGGUACCCACCUAAUGCCACCAUCCAGGACAACUGCAACACUUGUGUGUGCCAGGGCCGACAGUGGCAUUGCACAGGCCAGCUGUGCAGUGGAUGGUGCCAGGCAUCAGGUGCCCCCCACUAUGUGACGUUUGAUGGGCUGACACUCACCUUCCCCGGAGCCUGCGAGUACCUGCUGGUUCGAGAGGCCAGUGGCCGCUUCAGCGUCUCUGCCCAGAACCUGCCCUGCGGGGCCAGCGGCCUCACCUGCACCAAGGCACUGACCGUGCGUCUGGAGAGCACUACUGUGCACAUGCUCAGAGGCCGGGCAGUGACGGUGAAUGGGGUGAGUGUAACACCCCCCAAGGCCUACACAGGCCCAGGGAUGAGUCUGCACCGUGCAGGCCUCUUCCUGCUGCUGACCACACGCCUGGGCCUCACCCUGCUCUGGGAUGGAGGCACCCGGGUCCUGAUACAGCUGUCCCCACACUUCCGUGGUCGUGUGGCUGGACUAUGUGGAGACUUUGAUGGAGACGCCAGUAAUGACCUGAGGAGUCGCCAAGGAGUCCUGGAGCCCACAGCUGAGCUGGCUGCCCACUCCUGGCGCCUCAGUGCACUCUGCCCUGAGCCAGGAGACCCGCCACACCCCUGCACGGUAAACACACACCGCGCAGCCUGGGCCCGUGCCCGCUGCGGAGUGAUGCUCCAGCAGCUCUUCGUCCCAUGCCACACAGAGGUGCCCCCACAGCAGCACUACGAGUGGUGUGUGUACGACACCUGUGGCUGCGAUUCAGGGGGCGACUGUGAGUGCCUCUGCUCUGCCAUUGCCGCCUACGCAGACGAGUGUGCCCGGCAUGGGCACCAUGUGCGCUGGCGCAGCCAGGAGCUCUGCCCCCUGCAGUGUGAAGGGGGACAAGUAUAUGAGGCCUGUGGCCCCACCUGUCCUCCCUCCUGCCCUACCCACCAUGCUGAGCCUGGAUGGCACUGCCGGGCCAUUGCCUGUGUGGAGGGCUGCUUUUGCCCCAAAGGGACUCUGCUGCAUGGAGGAAUCUGCAUGGAGCCAUCUGCCUGUCCCUGUGAGUGGGGUGGCAGCUUCUUCCCACCAGGGACUGUGCUGCAGAAGGACUGUGGGAACUGCACUUGCCGGGAAAGCCAGUGGCAUUGUGGGGGUGACAGUGCCCCCUGUGAGGAGCUGGUGCCUGACUGUGCCGAAGGAGAGUCUCCCUGCCAGGGAAGUGGGCACUGUAUUCCACAUGAGUGGCUUUGUGACAACCAAGACGACUGUGGCGAUGGCUCAGAUGAGGAGGGUUGCGCCACCCCAGGCUGUGUGGAGGGACAGAUGUCAUGCCGCUCCGGCCACUGUCUGCCCCUGUCCCUGCUCUGUGAUGGGCAGGAUGACUGUGGAGAUGGCACAGAUGAACAGGGCUGCCCAUGUCCCUAUGACUCGCUGGCCUGUGCUGAUGGGCGCUGCCUGCCCCUCACCCUGCUGUGUGAUGGGCAUCCCGACUGUCCAGACGCCGCUGAUGAGGAGUCCUGUUUGGGGCAGGUGAACUGCACCCCUGGGGAAGUGUCCUGUAUGGACGGCACUUGUGUGGGGACCAUCCAGCUGUGUGAUGGAGUUUGGGACUGCCCAGAUGGAACCGACGAGGGGCCUGGAUACUGCCCGAUGCCCUCUCUGCCUGUGCCCCCAGCUGGCACCCUGCCUGGCCCCUCUACUGGCUCCCUGGAAGGUGCCUCAAGUCCGCUGGGCAGUGCCAGCCCUGCACAGAGCUGCGGCCCCUUGGAGUUUCCGUGCGGCAGCGGAGAGUGCACCCCGCGGGGCUGGCGCUGCGACCAGGAGGAAGACUGCGCCGAUGGCAGCGACGAGCUGGGCUGCGGUGAGCCCUGCGCGCUGCACCACGCGCCCUGCGCCCGCGGCCCACACUGCGUGUCCCCCGGGGAACUGUGCGACGGCGUGCCGCAGUGCCCCGACGGCUCUGACGAGGGCCCAGACGCCUGCGGUUCCACCCAGCCUCCCCUGUGCCAUGGCCUCUUGCCCUGUGGUUUGGCUCCCUGGCUGUGCCUGAACCCUGAGCAGCACUGCAAUGGGGUCCCCGACUGUCCCCAGGGCGAGGAUGAGCUGGACUGUGAGGGACUGCCACCCCCAGGAAGUCUCAACAGGACAGAAUUUCCCUGCCCAGAAUACUCCUGCCCCAAUGGCGACUGCCUUGAUUUUCACCUGGUGUGUGAUGGGCAGCCCAACUGUGAGUUGGUAGGAGAGGCAGGACUCUCCCCAGAAGAACAGGGCUGUGGGACCUGGGGUCCCUGGAGCCCAUGGGGGCCGUGCAGCCAGACCUGUGGGCUGGGGGUGCAGAGCCAAAGCCGCAGCUGUUCCCCAUCAGGGCUGUUGGUGCUGCAGCACUGCCCAGGCCCCGCCCACCAGUCACAGGCCUGCUUUACCAAGGCCUGCCCAGUGGAUGGUGAAUGGAGCUCCUGGUCUUCCUGGUCUCUGUGCUCUGAGCCUUGUGGGGGCACCAGGACAAGGCAGCGGCAGUGCCACCCACCCCAGAAUGGGGGCCAAGCCUGUGCCCUUCUGCCCGGGGGCCCUCAUAGCACCCGUCAGACUGAGCCCUGCCCUCAGGAUGGCUGUCCCAAUGCCACCUGCUCUGGGGAGCUGGUGUUCCAGCCUUGUGCCCCCUGCCCUCUGACCUGCGAUGACAUCUCUGGCCAGGCUAUCUGCUCAUCCCACAGGCCCUGCAGCAGCCCAGGCUGUUGGUGCCCAGAAGGGCAGGUGCUGGGCAGUGAGGGGCAGUGUGUGUGGCCCCGGCAGUGCCCCUGCCUGGUGGAUGGUGCCCGCUACUGGCCUGGGCAGCAUAUCAAAGCCAACUGCCAGCUCUGUGUCUGCCAAGAUGGGAGGCCCCGGCGCUGCCGGCCCAACCCAGACUGUGCCAUAAACUGUGGCUGGUCCUCCUGGUCCCCCUGGGCCGAGUGCCUGGGCCCCUGUGGGAGCCAGAGCAUCCAGUGGUCCUUCCGGAGCCCCAACAACCCCCGCCUCUCCGGCCGAGGUCGCCAGUGCCGAGGCAUCCACCGCAAGGCUCGCAGGUGCCAGACGCAGCCUUGUGAGGGCUGUGAGCAGCAGGGCCACACACACCAGGUCGGGGAGCGCUGGCGUGGGGGCCCCUGCAGGGUAUGCCAAUGUCUGCAUAUGGGCACCGUGCACUGCUCCCCCUAUUGCCCACUGGGCAGCUGUCCCCAGGGUUGGAUCCUGGUGGAGGGAGUAGGAGAAUCGUGUUGCCACUGUGCCCUGCCUGCAGAGAAUCAGACAGUGCCUCCGACAGCCACUCCUGCCCCUGCUCCAGCCCCCAGUCCCCAGACGGGUCCUCCUCUGGCCACCUAUGUUCUGCCUCCCCCAGGAGAUGCCUGCUACUCUCCCCUGGGCCUGGCUCUGCCCCCGGGGAGUCUGUGGACAUGGUCAAGGCAGCUGGAGCACCCCACCUGGGCUGCCCUCCUGGGGGCUCCCACCAAAGGGCCUGGCCCCAGAGCGGGUGCUUAUGCUGAGUGGCACAGCGGGCCACCCUUCCUGCAGCUGGACCUGCUCCAGCCCCAGAACCUCACUGGCAUCUUCGUGUGGGGGCCCACCUCCUCCAGCCCACAUGUCAGCAGCUUCUCGCUUCAGUUCAGCACUGAUGGUCUACACUGGCAGGACUACCAUGACAUCCUGCCUGGCACCUUGUCCCCACCCAAGUCUUUCCCCAGGAACUGGGAAGAUGUGGCCUCCAAGGUGUGGGCCUUCAGCCGGAUGGUGCAGGCAAGGUACAUCAGGGUGUGGCCACACAGUGUCCCCCACAGCGACAGGCAGCCUGGCUUCUUCCUGUGGGUGGAGCUCCUGGGCUGUGAGCCAGUGUCCCCACCAGUGCCCCCGUGCCCAGGGGCUGGGCACCGCUGUGCCAAUGGUGAAUGUGCUCUGCCGGGGGUGCCAUGUGACGGUGCAGCAGACUGUGAGGAUGGCUCUGAUGAGGAGGGCUGUGGGCCCCUGCCUGUGGACACUGGCAGAGGCCAUUCCACAGCCAGGACUCCAACCUUCUUCUCCACCCAGCCGGGACCACUGCCUCCCCAGCCUAGUGAGGGUCUGGCAGAGACUGACCGCUGGCAUCCCAAGCAGGGUUCGUCCAUGCCCCCCACAGAGAAGAGGCCAGUGAGCCCUGCCCCUGCCUCCAAAGCUCCUCACCCAAGUUCUGGGGAAUCCGUGCAGAUGGGGAGCAACAACACUCCCACAUUCCAUGCUGGGUUUCAGAGACUGACACCAGGAAUGGCAGCCAUGACAGUGCUCCCCACACACCCCAUGAUUCCGAUGACCCCUCCUGGCCAGAGAGUUGCCCCCAGCCCCUUCCCACCCGUGCGAUGCAGCCCCGGGCAGCUGCCCUGCAAGGUGCUGGGCUGCGUGGAGCCAGAGCAGCUGUGUGAUGGGAAGGAGGACUGCCUGGAUGGCGAUGACGAGCGGCACUGCGCAAGUCCUAUGCCCUUCAUGGUGCCCACCACAGUCCUGCCUGGACUGCCAGCCUCCAGGACUCUCUGCUCCCAGAGCCAGCUGAGCUGUGGCAGCGGGGAGUGCCUGCCCACUGAGCGGCGCUGUGACCUGCGGCCCGACUGCCAGGAUGGCUCGGACGAGGAUGGCUGUGUGGACUGUGUGCUGGCACCCUGGUCUGGCUGGAGUGGCUGCAGCCGCAGCUGUGGCCUGGGCCUCACCUUCCAGCGCCGAGAGCUGCUGCGGCCUCCCCUGCCUGGGGGCAGCUGCCCCCUGGACCAGCUCCGCAGCCAGCCCUGCUUUGUGCAGGCCUGCCCAGUGGCUGGGGCAUGGGCAGAGUGGGAGACCUGGGGACCUUGCAGUGUCUCCUGUGGGGGCGGCCAUCAGAGUCGCCAGAGGAGCUGCAUGGACCCACCACCCAAGAAUGGUGGUGCACCCUGUCCUGGGGCCUCCCGGGAAAGGGCACCCUGUGGCUUGCAGCCCUGCACUGGUGGCACAGAUUGCGGGCUGGGCCGUGUGCAUGUGAAUGCUGAGCUGUGCCAGAAGGGGCUGGUGCCCCCAUGCCCACCCUCCUGCCUGGAUCCCGAGACCAACGGAAGCUGCACUGGGCCCUGUGUGGAGGGAUGCCGCUGUCCCCCGGGGCUCCUCCUCCAUGAUGCUCACUGCCUGCCCCUCUCUGAGUGCCCCUGCCUUGUGGGUGAAGAGCUGAAGCCUCCAGGGAUGUCCUUCCUCCUGGACAACUGCAGCCAAUGCAUGUGUGAGAGGGGGACUCUGGUGUGCGAGCCAGGGGCCUGCCCACAGCCCUGCGGCUGGUCAGCCUGGUCCUCCUGGACUCCCUGUGACCGCUCCUGUGGCUCUGGAGUGAGGGCCAGGUUCAGGUCUCCCUCCAACCCUCCUGCGGCUUUUGGAGGUGCCCCCUGUGAAGGGGACAAGCAGGAACUGCAGGUCUGCCACGUGGAUUGUGGGACAGAGGUGCUGGGCUGGACACCCUGGACAUCUUGGUCCUCCUGCUCCCAGAGCUGCCUUGUCCCUGGAGGAGUCCCUGGCUGGCGACAUCGUUCCCGACUCUGCCCCAGCCUGAGGGAUAUCUCCUGCCCAGGAGAGGCCACCCAGGAGGAGCCUUGCAGCCCCCCUGUGUGCCCAGUGCCGAGCAGCUGGGGUGCGUGGGCUUCCUGGUCUGCCUGCUCAGCCCCCUGCAAUGGAGGCAUCCAGAUACGUGGACGCAGCUGCUCUGGCUCAGCUCCUGGAAAUCCCGCAUGUCAGGGACCCCACAGCCAGACCAGGGACUGCAACACACAGCCCUGCACAGCCCAGUGUCCAGAGGACAUGGUGUUCCGCUCAGCAGAGCAGUGUCACCAGGAUGGGGGUCCGUGUCCUCAGCUGUGCCUGGCACAGGAUUCUGGGGUGGAGUGCACAGGCUUCUGCACCCCCAGCUGCACCUGCCCACCUGGUCUCUUCCUGCACAACGCUAGCUGCCUGCCCCGCAGCCAGUGCCCCUGCCAGCUGCACGGGAAGCUCUAUGCACCAGGAGCAGUGGCUCGCCUGGACUCCUGCAACAAUUGCACCUGUAUCUCUGGAGAGAUGGCGUGCACCUCAGAGCUCUGUCCAGUGGCUUGUGGCUGGAGUCCUUGGACCCCGUGGAGUCUCUGCAGCCGCAGCUGUGAUGUAGGCAUACGACGGCGCUUCCGGGCAGGCACUGCACCCCCCGCUGCCUUUGGGGGUGCUGAGUGCCAGGGCCCCAACAUGGAGGCUGAAUUCUGCAGCCUGCGGCCAUGUCGAAGUCCUGGUGGGGAAUGGGGUCCCUGGGCUUCCUGCUCCGUGCCCUGUGGUGGUGGCUACAGAAAUCGCACCCGAGGCAGUGGCCCACAAGUCCUCAUGGUGUUCUCUACCUGCAACCUGCAGCCCUGUGCAGGGCCAGUCCCUGGUGUGUGUCCCAGGGGUCAGCUGUGGCUGGAUUGUGCCCAGGGCCCUGCCUCCUGUGCAGAACUCAGUGCUCCGAGAGAGACCAAGCAGACCUGCCACCCUGGCUGCUACUGCCCACACGGGAUGCACCUGCUGAACAAUGUGUGUGUGCCUGCCCAAGAAUGUCCCUGUGCCCACGGGGGGCGCCUCCAUCCCCCGGGUAGUGCUGUGCUUCGUCCAUGUGAGAACUGCUCCUGCAUCUCUGGGCUCAUCACCAACUGUACCUCCUGGCCUUGUGAGGAGGGCCAGCCCGCAUGGUCACCCUGGACCCCAUGGAGUGUGUGCUCAGCCUCCUGCGGGCCUGCCCGACGCCACCGGCACCGCUUCUGUGACAGGCCCUCUAGCGUGGCACCGUCCACCCUGGCCCUGGGGCCCUCACCAGCCACGCCCACACCCCUCUGCCCAGGCCCGGAGGCUGAGGAGGAGCCGUGCCUCCUGCCAGGGUGUGACCGGGCAGGAGGCUGGGGGCCUUGGGGGCCCUGGUCCAGCUGUAGUCGGAGCUGUGGGGGCGGCCUGCGCAGCCGGACCCGAGCCUGUGACCAACCACCACCUCAAGGGCUGGGGGACUUCUGUGAGGGGCCUCAGGCCCAGGGAGAAGCCUGCCAGGCUCAGCCGUGCCCAGUGACUGACUGCACUGCCAUUGAGGGGGCCCAGUACAGCCCUUGCGGCCCUCCCUGCCCCCGCUCCUGUGAUGACCUCGUGCACUGUGUGUGGCACUGCCAGCCUGGCUGCUACUGUCCCCCAGGCCAGGUGCUGAGUGCUGAUGGGACCAUUUGUGUGCAUCCUGGUCACUGUAGCUGCCUGGACUUGCUGACCGGGGAGCGGCACCGUCCAGGCGCUCAGCUGGCAAGGCCCGACGGCUGCAACCACUGCACCUGCCUGGAGGGGAGGCUCAACUGCUCAGAACUGCCCUGCCCAGUGCCUGGAGGCUGGUGCCCGUGGUCAGAGUGGACGGCAUGCUUCCAGCCCUGCAGAGGCCAAACAAGGACCCGCUCUAGGGCCUGUGCCUGCCCUGCUCCUCAGCAUGGGGGUGCCCUGUGCCCUGGAGAGAUGGGAGCCCAGCAUCAGAGGGAGACCUGUCCCAGCUCCACCACGUGCCCAGUGGAUGGAGCCUGGAGCCCAUGGGGACCAUGGUCUCCCUGUGACGCAUGUCUAGGACAAUCCCAUAGGAGCAGGGAGUGCAGCCAGCCCCCCAUCUCUGAGGGUGGCAGGCCUUGCCCUGGCGUCCACUGGCAGAGCCGCCCCUGUCACGACAAUUCCACUCAGUGCGCAGAUUGUGGGGGUGGCCAGAGUCUGCUGCCCUGUGGGCAGCCCUGCCCCCGCUCCUGCCAAGACCUGUCCCCUGGGAGUGUGUGCCAGCCAGGCCCAGGAGGCUGCCAGCCCAGCUGUGGGUGUCCCCCAGGCCAGCUCUCCCAGGAUGGGCUCUGUGUGCUUCCAGUCCACUGCCGCUGCCAGUACCAGCCGGGAGCCAUGGGGAUCCCCGAGAAUCAGAGCCGGUCAGCAGGCUCUGGCCUCAGCUCCUGGGAGCGUCUGGAACCUGGAGAGAUGGUAACGGGGCCGUGUGACAACUGCACCUGUGUGGCGGGCAUCCUGCAGUGCUCGGAGGUACCCAGCUGCCCUGGGGCUGGUGUGUGGGGCCCCUGGGGCCCCUGGGAGGACUGCAGUGUUUCCUGUGGAGGAGGGGAGCAGCUGCGCUCCCGGCACUGUGCCCGACCCCCCUGCCCAGGACUGGCCCGGCAGAGCCGCACCUGCCAGACCCAGGUCUGCAGAGAGGCAGGGUGCCCAGCUGGACGUCUGUACCGCGAAUGCCUGCCCAAUGGAGGAUGCCCCUUCUCCUGUGCCCACGUCACAGGGCAGGUGGCCUGCUUCUCUGAUGGCUGUGAGGAGGGAUGCCACUGUCCUGAGGGUACCUUCCAGCACGGCUUGGCCUGUGUCCAGGAGUGCCCCUGCAUGCUGACAGCCUUGCUGCUUCGGGAGCUGGGAGCCAGCAGCACUGAUGCUGGGGUGCACGCAGCCUCUCUGGGAGAGGAGGGUCAGCCCCUCAGGCCCGGAGAUGAGCUGAGUCCAGGCCAAAUGUUUCGAAUGGGCUGCAGCAACUGCUCCUGUGCCCAUGGGAAGCUGUCUUGCUCCAUAGAGGACUGCCCCGAGGCCCCCAGCUUCAGCCCGUGGGACCCGUGGGGCCCCUGCUCCCGCUCCUGUGGCGGACUGGGCACCCGCACACGCAGCCGCCAGUGUGUGCACCCCGCACCUGCUACUGGUGGCCAGGGCUGCCAAGGGCCCCGCCAGGACCUCGAGUACUGCCUCAGCCAGGACUGCCCUGGGGCUGAAGGGUCCACGGCAGAGCCAGUGACGGGCCUUCCAGGUGGCUGGGGCCCCUGGGCUCCGUGGUCCCCCUGCUCCCGCAGCUGCACGGACCCCACUCACCCCGCAUGGCGCAGUCGGACCCGCCUCUGCCUGACCAACUGCACUGUGGGGCGCCCCUCCCAGGAGCGCCCCUGCAACCUGCCCUCGUGCACAGAGUUGCAGCCCCUGUGCUCGGGCCCUGGCUGUGGGCCUGGGAACUGUUCCUGGACCUCCUGGGGCCCAUGGGAACCGUGCUCGCGCAGCUGCGGGGUGGGCCAACAGCGCCGCCUACGAGCAUACCGUCCCCCAGGGCCGGGUGGACACUGGUGCCCCGACAUCCUCACUGCUUACCAGGAGCGUCGCUUCUGCAGCCUGCGAGCUUGCCCAGUGCCUGGGGGCUGGUCGCGCUGGAGCCCCUGGUCCUGGUGUGACCGGAGCUGUGGUGGGGGCCAAUCCCUGAGGAGCCGAAGCUGCUCGAGCCCCCCACCCAAGAAUGGGGGUGCCCCCUGUGUGGGGGAGAAGCACCAGGCCCGACUCUGCAAUCCCAUGCCCUGUGAGGAGGGCUGCCCAGCAGGCAUGGAGCUGGUCAGCUGUGCCAACCGCUGUCCUCGACGCUGCUCAGACCUGCAGGAGGGAGUCCUGUGUCAGGAUGGCCAGGCCUGCCAGUGGGGCUGCCGCUGUGCUGAGGGGUCCCUAGAGCAGGACAGCAGCUGUGUGCCAGUUGGGCACUGUGAGUGUACAGAUGCCCAGGGCCACAGCUGGGCCCCAGGGAGCCAGCACCAAGAUGCCUGUAACAACUGCUCCUGCCAGGCCGGGCAGCUGUCCUGCACAGCUCAGCCGUGCCCACCUCCUGCCCACUGUGCCUGGAGCCGCUGGUCAGCCUGGAGUCCCUGCAGCCACUCAUGUGGGCCAAGAGGACUGCAGAGUCGCUUUCGAUCGUCCACAUCAGGCUCGUGGGCCCCGGAGUGUCAAGAGGAGAAGUCCCAGAGCCAGCCCUGCCCUCAGCCUCCGUGCCCACCCCUGUGCCUCCAUGACGGCCGUCCCCGCACCCUGGGGGACAGCUGGCUACAGGGAGAGUGCCAGCAGUGCUCCUGUACUCCGGAGGGCAUAAUCUGUGAAGACACCAAGUGUCCAGGGAGCUGGACGCUGUGGUCCCUGUGGUCCGACUGCCCUGUCUCUUGUGGAGGUGGAAACCAGGUGCGCACCCGGGCAUGCAUGGUGCCGGACCCUCACCACAGGGAGCCGCUCUGCCAGGGCCCUGACACCCAGACCCAGCCCUGUGGGCAGCAGCCAUGCCAGCCGCUGCUGGAGGCCUGCUCCUGGGGCCCAUGGGGCCCCUGUUCGCGCAGCUGUGGCUCAGGCCUGGCCUCCCGCUCCGGGUCCUGCCCCUGCCUGCCGGCAGAGGCAGAGCCCACGUGCAACGGCACUUUCCCACACCUGGACACCCAGGCCUGCUACGCGGGGCCCUGCCUGGAGGAAUGCCUGUGGAGUGGCUGGAGCAGCUGGACGCGCUGCUCAUGCCAGGUGCUGGUGCAGCAGCGCUACCGGCACCAGGGCCCAGCACCUGGCCGCAUGGCAGAGGGCCCCCCCUGCACCCGCCUGGAUGGCCACUUCCGGCCAUGCCCGACUGGCAGCUGCUCAGAGGACAGCUGCACACCUCCCUUUGAGUUCCAGGCCUGUGGCUCCCCCUGCACCGGGCUCUGUGCCACACACCUGAGCCGACAGCUCUGCCAGGACCUACCACCUUGCCAGCCUGGCUGCUACUGCCCCAAGGGGCUGCUGGAGCAGGCUGGGGCCUGCAUUCCCCCCGAGCAAUGUAACUGCUGGCACAUCUCAGAAGAGGGAGCUGAGGUGACACUGGCCCCUGGGGACCACCUGCAGCUGGGGUGUAAGGAAUGCGAAUGCUGGCACGGAGAACUGCGCUGCACCAGCUGGGGCUGUGAAGGGCUCCUGCCUCUGAGCAGCUGGUCCGAAUGGUCACCCUGUGGGCCCUGCCUGCCCCGAAGUGCCCUGACCCGUACGUCCAGGACUACCCUGGAGGAGCACUGGCCUCCGAACACAACAGGCCUCUGGCCACCCUCGACAUCCCUGCUGGUUUCGGAGCAGCACCGCCACCGCCUGUGUUUGGACCCUGAGACAGGGAGGCCCUGGGCUGGGGACCCUCAGCUCUGCACUGCACCCCUUAACCAGCAACGCCUCUGCCCUGACCCCGAAGCCUGUCAAGACUCAUGCCAGUGGAACCCUUGGGGACCCUGGAGCCCCUGCCAGGUGCCCUGCAGUGGAGGCUUCCAAAUGCGCUGGAGAGAGGCAGGGGGCCUCCCUGGAGGAGCCUGCCGUGGGCCAUGGGCUCAGACCCAGAGCUGCAAUAUGGGGCCCUGCCCAGGAAAAAGCUGUGAGGCUAAGGACACUGUGCCCACCCUUGAAUGUGCCAAUCAAUGCCCUCGAAGCUGCAUGGACCUCUGGGAGCGUGUGCAAUGUCUGCAGGGACCCUGCAGUCCAGGCUGCCGCUGUCCUCCUGGCCAGCUGGUGCAGGAUGGGCACUGUGUGCCCAUCUCCUCUUGCCGCUGUGGCCUUCCCAGUGCCAAUGCCUCUUGGGAGCUGGCCCCAGCCCAGGUGGUGCAACUGGACUGCCACAACUGCACCUGCAUCAAUGGGUCUUUAGUGUGCCCACACCUUGAGUGUCCAACCUUGGGGCCUUGGUCAGCCUGGAGCAAGUGCUCAGUUGCCUGUGGUGGGGGCACCAUGGACCGUCAUCGGAGCUGCAAGGAACAUCCUCAGGGGGCACUAUGCCAGGCCCAAGACAUGAAACAACAGCAAGACUGUAACCUGCAGCCCUGCCCUGAGUGCCCCUCAGGCCAGGUGUUCAGUGCCUGUGCUGCAUCAUGCCCAAGCCUCUGCUCACACCUGCAGCCUGGCACCAUCUGUACGCAGGAACCCUGCCAACCGGGCUGUGGCUGCCCCAGGGGACAGCUGCUGCACAAUGGCACGUGCGUGCCCCCUGCUGCCUGUCCCUGCACUCAGCUCUUGCUGCCCUGGGGCCUCACCCUGACUCUUGAAGAGCAGGCUCAGGAGCUGCCUCCGGGGGCUAUGCUUACCAGAAACUGCACCCGCUGUACCUGCCAAGAUGGAGCCUUCAGCUGCUCCCUCAUCGACUGUCAGGAGUGCCCCCCUGGGGAAAUGUGGCAGCACGUGGGUCCUGAAGAGCUGGGUCCCUGUGAGUGGACAUGCCAGGAGACAAACACCACAGCAGCUCAGGGCAACUGCAGUGCUGUCCAGACCCCGGGAUGCAUAUGCCAGGAAGGGUACUUCCGUAGCCAGGCGGGCCCCUGCGUCCCCGCAGACCAGUGUGAAUGCUGGCACCACGGGCAUCUCCACCUGCUUGGAUCUGAAUGGCAGGAGGACUGUGAGAGCUGCCGAUGCCUCCGCGGGAGGAGCGUCUGCACCCAGCACUGCCCCCUCCUCAACUGUGCUCAGGACGAGGUGACUGUGCAGGAGCCAGGGAGCUGCUGUCCCACUUGCCGCAGGGAGACCCUUGAGGCACAGUCAGCCUCCUGCCGGCAUCUCACUGAGCUUCGUAACCUCACCAAGGGCCCCUGCCAUCUGGACCAGGUAGAAGUGAGCUACUGCAGUGGGCACUGCCCAUCUAGCACCAACGUCAUGCCUGAGGAGCCCUACCUGCAGAGCCAGUGUGACUGCUGUAGUUACCGCCUGGACCCCGACAGCCCUGUAAGGAUCCUGAACCUGCGCUGUCCAGAUGGCCGCACCGAGCCAGUGGUGCUGCCGGUCAUCAACAGUUGCCAGUGCAGCGCCUGCCAAGCAGGUGAUUUCUCAAAGCGCUGACAGGUUCCACCAGAUGCGUCCACUGCUGUCCCUCUUAUGACAUUUGGACUCAGAGGCACUGAUCAUCUCCUCCCAUGCCCAUCCAUCCCCCAUCCUCCCAAAUAA